AUGCAAAAGCAAUGGAGCCCCGAUGAUAAAAGGUUCCACUGUGACAACUCCAACCGGGAUGUACAGAACGCCCACAGCUGCUGCGCUGCUCCGUUUUGUAGGGCGACCUUUGUCGGCGAACUCGAGAAGGGUACAGAUGGAGACAUGGAGCUAUCGAUGGCCCUUCGUCUGAGAGCAUUUCGCGAGGACGCCGGAGUACGCGAGAUAUGCGAGGCCAACGGCCUCAACGAGAAUGCGUUUGUCCGGGAGAGUCACCUGCUGCGGUCCUUGGACCUGUUCAUGAGCGGCCUGAGGGAGUUGGGCUGCCUCAGCUACUUCGGAGGCCUGACAGCGAUCUGCUUCAUCAAUGUACCUAACCUCACCUCUGUGUCAGGGCUGGACGCGUGCUGCCCUGGUCUAGAAAGCCUCAACAUCACCGAGUGCGGCCUAGAGACUACGAAAGGGCUGGAGGGUCUGACAGGCCUAACGGCCUUGCACCUGUCGAGCAACCACCUGCAGUCUUUGGAUGGGGUAGGAGGGAUGACAAGGCUGAAGAAGCUGUGGGCUAACGAUAACCGCAUAAAGUCGAUGGACGGGUUUUCCUCUCUUGGGGCUCUCGAGGACCUCUGGCUGUGCCGUAACCAGCUGACCGAAAUUGGAGACGGCCUCCCCCUGGGCAGAACCCUGCGAGAGGUCAACCUUGCCCACAACCAGCUGGGAUGUUUCAAGGAGCUCCUUAAGCUCGCCCCGCUCGAAGGGCUGCGGAGCUUGACGCUCCAGGACAUCCACUUUGGCGACAACCCCGUGUGCGGGCUGUCCAACUACAAGACCUACGUCGCGUACCAUUUGACGCAGUUGACCUCGUUGGAUAUGGAGGUGGUCUCAGAGGAAUCUAAGGCCUUCGCCAACACCGUCUUCCUCAAGAAGAGCAUGUACUACAACAUGCGAUCGCGGAUUGUGAAGAGGCACGCUGGGCACGUCAUCCGAAAGGCAAGCGAAUCUCAACGGGCACGCUUUGCUACAGAGCUCUGCGGGGAGAAGGCCGCCAACCUCCAGACCACCCUCAUCCACCUCCAGUGGCAGAGGAAGCACGUAGAGCAGCGCCUCAUGGCCAGGCGCGCGGCCCAUGACCUAGGCAACGGGGACACCGAAGACACCGUUGCUGGUGACGAUGCUGCCAGUGAAGGGCUUACCGCCACAGAUGCGGCCGUCACAAAGGGGAGCAGCGGGUGUCCGGCAACAGCACAGAGCAGCAACUGCAGAAAACGGAAGGGCGCAAUCGCGAGCAGUAUGUCAUCACCCUCCACGCCUGGCAGCACCAAAAGGUCUACCUCUCGCGCAACAGCGGCGGCUGAGCCCGAAGGGCUGGAGGUGCUGCAGCUGAUUGCGAAGGGGCAGGCCCUCUCUAGCGCGGUGACGGUGGUGGAAGGGGUGCUGCACAAAAUGGAAGAGCAGGCGAGAAUUAGGACGUUGGGAGUAUUCAAAGAGGUGGUGGGGCGGGCAUGCAAGCGAGCUGUGUCGGAGCUGAUGCUGGAGUUUGACACAGGAGGGAACGUGCGCUUCGAGGAAGGCCGACCGGGUGACGUCUGGUUUUCUUCCUGCGCCGAUCUUGUCAAGUCACGCGUGGGGUCGGCUUCCGGGGUGAAAGUUUCCCGGGUAAUUCGCAUCCACAACCGCUUCCUCAAGAACCGCUUCGAGCGUUGCGUUCGGGAGGCCAAGGCCCCAGCGACAUCAACCACCCCUUCCGCCGCAGAAAACUCCGCCGGAACAACGCCGAUGACGGCGAUCCCACCGAAUGUCCUAGUCGACAAGUCACCGAGUCCCUCUCAGCACGAAGGGGGCUCCUCCUCCUCCGGCUGUCCUUCUUCGCCACCACAGACGAGUGCCGUCGAUCCCACCCCGACUUGCGGCUUGUCGAGCGUCGGGAGACACCAUCAGCUCGCGGGAAACGAAGUCUCGACCGGCGACAGCACAAGGGAGGACGGGGAAGAGUGCCGUCGAGGGGCCGGCCUCUCCACGGAAGGGAAGGCUUGGCGCAGCCCGUUAUUAUCGGUGCCCCAGGAGCCCAAGAAACGCGGCAGCGGCAGUGUCAGCAAGAGCUCACCGCCGUGCCACCCGAGUGAAUCACCGAUCCGGGCCGACGAGACGGCGGCAACUGGUGUCGAUGCUUCUUUCGCCGGCGCUGCCGAUAGCGGCAGGAGUAGCUCCGCUGCCAGCGGGGAUCUACUACCAAGCAGUAUCCCCGGAGGCGGUAGUUUGUCGAGAGCCGCCGCCGAGGGAGGGGGUAAGAAGAGCGACAAGCGAUCGUCCUCGUCGUCGCCGUCAUCUUCCCCCCGAAGUCUGGAGUAUCUGUUUUUCACGGAGGGGAGGGGCAGGACGGCCAGAAGCAGGGAACCAAGCGGUGGGGGCGACUGGAGCAACAGCGGCGGCGCCGGCGGCGCGUUCGAUGCCGGCGUGGGCGGUGGCAGCGCGCACGACAGCUGGCAGCCGGACCUCCUAAAGCUGGCCGAGGAUGGCUUUCGUGUGACGGACUGGAGCGAGGCCGACAUCUGCACCGCCGGGAACACCGCGACCGCUGAAGAGCCGUCGGCACCAGAAGUGCGGGGUGGGGUAACGGUCGGAAGACAUACCGCCGCUUCGGGCGGUGACGUCUCCCACAGAUGCCGAAGGGAGGAAGAGCAUGCCCCCUGCCGGGCUCAGUCCAUCGUUCUUUCCACCCACCUGUGCGAGGCCGACAUUCCCGGCAGAAAAGCGGCUACCCCGGCGGGGGCGGCGGCGGCGAACAGGACCAGCUCGGACUCCGUCGUCUUCGCGCCGCCGGCCUCGGUUGGGCUGGGGAACGAAGCGUUCGUGCCGCCGGUGUACAGGGUCCUAGUGGUCAAGGUGUACACGGGUCGGACUCGCCGUCUACCGCCUGGGUCGUCCGCGGGCUGCGGCGAGGGGGGGGGAGGGUGCAGCAGUGCCACCAGGAGGCCUCCCCGGCCCGGAGUGCUGAGGGAGGCCUGGGCAACGGGGUACAAGUCGGUGUGCGUUAGCGGAGAGGAUGGGGUGAGCGCGGGCGGCGGCGGUGGUGGCCAUGCCAACGGAGAGGGGGGAAGCGCGCCAUCUCGGUGUCAGGCAGGGAAAGCCGGGGAGGAAGUGAUGUACAUUAGCUCGUGCAUGGUCGUAGCCUCCAGAGUAUUGAAGACCCCCGCAUCCCUACAAAAAACAAUGUUCUCUCGCCCCCCUCCGUUGUUGCCCCCCAAGGACGGGCAAGCUAUCAAGGACGGCGUGCGCCAGCGCGUCAACAAGUGGAGGCACGAGCUGGCCCCAUCCUACCGAUCCUCUUCCCUCGCCUCCUCCCCCUCCUCGCCAUCUUCCUGUCUGCCGGCUUCUACGUCAUCGAAGUCCUCGACCGCAAAGGCGACCGGUAGCGGCGGCGGCAGCACCAGCAGCAGCGGGAGGGCGUCCGGGGGAGCGGACGUGCUGCCAUUUCUGAUCCCCCUGGCGAGGUUAGCGAGGCAGCUCGAGAUAGACGCGGCCUCCUAUGCAACUAGAUACGAGGCCGGAAUCUCGAAGGCCUUGAGGAUGCAACCGUCGGCUCCGGCCCUGGGCAUCCCGCCCGGUUCGAACAACGGCAAAGGGUGUGGCGUGGGUUUGGGUGGCUGCGGCGGUGGCGGCGUGUCCGCCGCUCCAGGGGAUCGCCUGGAACACCUGUCAGCGUGCGCCGUUGGCGCUAGGCCUGGCCACAUGUUGACUCGCCUAAGCUUGCAUGGGCAGGGGGUCCGCACGAUCGAGGGUCUCGAGGCCUGUCGCAACCUCAAAGUGCUGAUCCUGAGCUUUAACGAAAUUUCUUGCCUCCAUGGACUGGCCGGCUUGACGCACCUCCGGCACCUCGACCUGGGGUAUAACAUCAUCGAAGGCGUGCAGCACUACAGCGGCGCCACCACUACCAAAGCGACCCCUGAUGCCGACGAAGACGGCGAUGCCAUUGUGGCCCCCGAUGACCACACCGGCGGCAGUGGCGCCACAAUCGUUCCGAACACAGCAGUAGCGCGUAGUGAUACUGGAUACGAGCGAUUGCGCACGUCGGAGGAGACUCCGAGGAAAGCGGCCGUUUUCAAAGCAGCCGCAGCGUCGGCGGCGGCGGCGCGCGGGGACGCGGACGGUGGGAGGGGGAAGGACAAGGGGGAAACGGGGUGCGCGUCUCCGGCCACCGCGGAUAUCUCACUCCCUUCCUUGACGCGGUUGGAUUUCAACAACAACAUCUUGCACAACUUGGAUGACCUGAAGGUGGGGGGCCAGGCGUUGUGGAACAUUGCCCCGAACUUGACUGUCCUUGACAUGCGGGGGAACCCGCUCAGGGCGGCCAGGACGUACCGCGGCGCGGCUAUCAGUCUAACGCUGGACAUGCUGCGGCGUAACGGCCGACGAAGAGCGCCUCGCUCGACGCCGCACCGCGCCUCUCAGGCCGUCAACGCCAGGACCAGGAGAAGCGGCCCGUGCUUGGCCAACGCAUCAUCCGGAGAGGAUGAAGGAUACCAAGGACCGCAAAUGGCCCGGGGUAGCGACAGCAGUAGCAGUAGCAUGAGUAGCGGUAGCGACCACAGCCAGAAGGUGGCGGCAGAAGUGGAGAACCGCCCUCCGGGGAGGGGGGCGGGGGGUCGGAGAAGCAGGAGCAGAAGCGAGGCUUCUGCUGCGAUAGAGAACAAGGACGAGGAGGGUUGGGAGCAACGCCUUUAUUCGUCUGCAAAGGAGGAGGAGGAGGAGCAGGAGGAGGAGGAGGAGGAGGAAGAGGAAGAGGAAGAGGGAGAGGAGGGGGAGGAGGGGGAGGAUGCGGAGGGCGAGGAGGAGGAGGAGGACGGGUGGGACGCGGAAGCAUGGAAUAGAGAUAGAAGAAGUAGCGGGCCAUUGAAUCCCUCGACGGUGUCGAAAAUGGCAUCGCGGGACAAGAGCGCCUCUAGCAUCGUAGCUGCCGAUCCAGACAGAACGAACAAUAGCGGCAGUGAUCGUGAUAGCGGCGCCGGUAGGCCGAGGUCGGCUCCAGCAGCCGGAAGUGUCGGCGAACUACGUUUAUGCAACACUUUUGUAACACGCGGCGGUGUCACCAACGAUGGGGAAACAGCCAGCGGCGACGACAAGGAUGCUGCUGUGACGGAUUCAUCGUGCCCCUCGCACCCCUCGACGGGGUUGCUGCUAGAGGAUAUCGAGUUGGUGAACCUUCACAACCUGUCUCUGCACAAGCUGGAAGGCAUGGAGCGGCUUGUUUUCGUAAGGGUGGUUGAUCUCUCUGGGAACGAACUGCACGACACUGCGCCCCUGAGAUCCUGCGCUUGCCUUGAGGAACUCAAUCUGGAAGGUAACGAGCUCACAACCGCGGGGCUUCGAGGGCUAGCUGGCCUACGGCGUCUCAUGAAGCUCGAUCUUGGCUACAACCAGAUUUCCGACCUCCAUCCCCUGUGUGGACUCACGGGGUUAAGCCAGCUAUCACUCGAAAGCAACCUGCUGCACAAGUGA